CAACCACAAUCACCGUGCUUAUUUUGUAUUUAAUUUAAACUAUCAAGAUGAUCUAUUUAGGUGUAAAUGAUCAGCCCUGUAAUAAACAUUAGGCCUAUACGGCAUGAAUGAAGUCACCGACAACUAACGGAUUCUCCGAUAUAUUUACAGCCGAUAAAAUAUGGAAUCUAUGAAAGAAAUGUAUGUACGUGUUUUAAGAGAAUUUUUCCUCUCGACGUAUGGACCUAGUUUAAACAAAUGUACCCUUGCAGACGACACAGUGAUGCAUGAAGCUUACAAAGAAGCCCAAAAAAGAGGAACACUUCCGUUUAACCGAACCAAGGUCCUUAUUCUAGGAGACCACGCUGCGGGAAAGACGUCAACUUGCAGGCGUUUACAGGGAAUGAAUUUUCGACAAGAUGAGCCAAGCACAAUAGGGAUCGAAACAAAGUAUGCGAAAGCGAACAUUAGUGAUGUUAACAGUAAGUGGCAUGAGGUACGCCAUACCCCACUAAACGACAAUGAACAUGAAAAAUCAGCAGCCUGGUGGGCAGUGUCUCAUUUGAGAAAACAAAAAGAAACUGAAACCAAGAGAACAGGAAGCACACCUAGAAUUUAUAAGGUGUCCGUAGGACAUCUAUUUCAAAAUAUGUUUUACAAAAUUAUAUAUAUUAUUCCCAUCUUAAUUACGUUUCUAUUUGGUGGGUUUAAAUUCGGCUUUGGACUGGUUGUAUGGAUUUAUAUUUCUUCCUUGAUGCUUAUGAUCAAAGUUAAUGGUGCUUACCGGUUUGGUUCUGCGUAUAUUGUAGCAGCGGUACUCAUAGAUAGUGCAAUGAGUAUAGACGAGUACACUACAGAUUUUAAGUUUGACUUUUGGAAUGACAUGUCUACAGCUACAAUCAUUUCCAUGUAUAGUCUAGUUGCAUUUUUAACCGGUGUACUUCUUGGCACAGGUUGUAGGACUGGCAUCUGUAUUGCAUUCUGUUUCAUGGUGCAUCCCAAGCAGAACAUCGAAAAUGCAACAGAAAGUUUAUUUGUCACCUGCAGCAAAGCAUAUUUUACAAUAAAGAUAUGCUUGUUUGCAGUUACUACUACGAUAAUCCACAUGUAUGUUCAGGGUAAAAUAAUGUCAAUGAGACCGAAAAAUUGCAUUCUUACAUUAGGGACUACUAUUGUGUCCGUUACAGUCGUGGCCUGUAUCGGACGGCGGUAUUAUCUAGAAAUACUUUCAUCCUUGUGCAUUGCGGUGAUCGCAUCUUUUACUACAUUUGGAGUCACAGUGGGUAAAAAGUUUGUUGUUUACGGGUAUAUUCCCCAAAUAUAUAUUAUCAAGAAAUGCAUUGGUUUUUUAGCGGGCAUAUGCAUAGGCCAUGUUUGUGGAUGGGAACUCGCAGAUUUAAAAACCUCAACAAGAAGCGAUAUUCAAUACUCUCUUCCACGAUAUUUCUUCAAUUUAUUUCUCUUUCUCGCCCCUAUUACUGCAUAUAUCCUCUAUGAGUGGUUUGCAUACACAAAAGUGAAGAAUACAUCAACAAUACCUUUAGAACAUGUCAGAAAAUCAAUAGAAGCAACUAUGCGUAAUGAAUCGUAUUUGGACGCCAUAUUUAGUAUAUGGGACUUUGCUGGACAAGAAAUAUACUAUAACACCCAUCAUCUCUUCAUGUCAAAGCAGGGGGUAUAUCUAAUUCUUUUCAACGCUAUUGAAGCGGCUCUCAAUCCUGUAAAGCAAAUUAAGCGGUUGCAAUUCUGGCUGCAAUCAGUUGCAAUGCAUGCAGAAGCUGAAAAUAUUGUGGUUAUACUUGUAGGAACUAGACGGAAAAGUGUUAACGACAAGGUUGCUCUUUUGAAUUUCGUAAGACUUGCACAUAGCUCCCUGUACAAACGCUUUUCCGAAUUUCUUGUGUUUCACCCAUCCGGAAGUCUUUUCUUUUUUACUGAAAAUACUUUACAAGCUGACCAAGAACUUGACAUCUUACGUGAAGUUAUCUGUAGUGAAAUACGAAAAUUAACAUUUUUUAAUGAACGAUUUUUAAUAAAAUAUUUACUAUUCAAUAAGUCAUUGAAAAAGUUUCGCUUACAAAAACGCAUAAUUACGAGUUUACAAGAUAUUUUAGAGGAAGUAAAAUCGACAGGUGAUGUCAUAUCACAGAAUGAAUUGAUUCAAUUUUUGAAUUACUUUGAUAGGUCUGGUGACGUCAUUUACAUUGAACGUGAUGAAUUGCUUCGACAUUACGUCAUAUGCGACCCUCAAAUGUUGGUAGACAUUCUCACAAUAUUAGUGAACGUACCUGAAUGUCAUAAAAGAGAUCGAAAAGUAGCUAGCCUCUGGCAGAAAUUGGAAGACACAGGAAUUGUUGACAGUAGAUUACUCGAGCACAUUUGUGAAGUAAAGGGAAUUUGGAAACUCUAUCCUUACAUAAUUCGUUUCUUAGUAGGAACACACCUACUUUUUCCGCUCAGUGUUACUGAUCAAGUCGACCAAGUUGGCACCUUUUUUCUCUCGUGUAGGCUACCAAAGAUUAAUUUGAUCUCAAACCUCUGGAACAUCAAUGAUGAUAUGCAAGAUGUUUUUUAUUUCGACCUACCUGGAUAUCUUCCAGAAUUUAUAUUUCUGCGUCUUAUUGCUAAAUGCUGUGAAGUAUAUACAUGGGAUAAAAUCUACUACAACGCAGCACGAUUUAGAACAACUUAUUCAUGUCUUUUCCUCAUCAACACACAUGUAUUCUCUGGAAGCGUGAACUUACACGACAGAGACUUUAUAAAAGUUUCUAUAAAUAAUGAAGACCCAACUCAAGUUAUACGUGUUCUACGAGAAAUGAUAACUUUUGUUAAGGAGAUAAUAUAUCGGGAUUUCAACACAGACAACUUUCAGGAGCAGUAUAUUUGCGGUCCUGUGUGUGAGAGAUGUAGUUCAUUAGAUACUACAACGUGUUUGGUAAACCUCAUAGUACCUGAUAACAAUGAUUCUAUAUUAGAUGGCUACAGACCAGAUCAGUACCACAAAGUUAUACUUAACCCGAAGUUAAGUUUCAUGUGUUACAGAGCGAUGAAUGACCAGGUCUGAGCGUUUUACCACCCAACUGCGGAAUGCCAAACCAGUGCAGUACUGUAAAAUGCUAAAUCUAAACAUAUUGCAAAGUGUUAAUUUAUUCAAUCAUAUACACAACAAAGUCAAUUGAAAUUUGUUCUUUAAAUUCAGCUUAUUAAUGACAUUUUUAUAAACUGUUCUCGAUUAAUACAUCGUAAAAUAUUAUUAUGUUCAGUGUGUAAUUAAUUAAAGAAUGUAUAGCGUUUUUAUUGUUUUCAAUAUUAUAGAAAUAUCACAAAAACAUGCAGAAGAAGAAUUCAUUGAAAAAUCAUUUAAGUCAAAACAAAAAUAGGCUUCUAUUCGACAUAGGCUUCAUUUUAAGUUUACUUUUGUGCAAACUAAAGUCGGGGGCUUCUUCUCGAUGAGAAGAUGAACUUCAAAAAUCACACCCACGUUAUAAUAUCAAUUCAAUAUUUGUUUGUUGUGCUGCAUGUGCCAUCAAUGGGCCACACAACAUAAAUACAUGACAAAAAAACAAGUGAAGAAUUUAUAGUACUAAGGUAACUGUACAUUAAAUGGUAGAGACGUCACAUGAUUACCCACAUACCCCACCUAACUUCGGUAGGGAGGUUACUCCACUAAGGUCCUUAUGACCCGCAUACCCCAACCUAAAUCAACUAUACAUCCUGGGCCGGGCAGGGACGUUACUUUACUCCUAACGGAACUAUUACUGAGUAGGGAGCGUUACUGGGCACACGUCAGAUAAAAAUAAAAUAAGCCUUCUGCUUGUCGGAUAAAUGUUUCCGUUCUAAAUGAACCCAACGUAUUGAAUGCAUUUAAUAUCUUGUUUCUCAAACAACGAACAUGGCUCCGAACCCCAUGAGAAGAAUUUUAUUAAAUGUAAUUAUAAUUUUGUAUUCUUUAAGUAGGGUGACCUCCACUACAGCUUAUCAACGGGCUCAAGUUUUGAAAGGCCCCUGGACCCGACGGCAUAACAGCUUAUAGGGCCUACUGCAGCCAACAUUAAUGAGCCCCUGGCAAAACUGUUGGACCUCUCUCUAUCGUGGAAGGCUUCCAAAAUGCAAAUGUGGUUCAGUUUCUAAAUCAAGUGAUAGAUAAUUUGCAUAGAUAAUUUUAGGCCAAUUUCUUAAUGCUCAACUGUCGGAAAACCUCUUGAGAAUAUAAUACACUCACGUAUUACAUUAUUUAUGCAACCAAUGGUCUUGGGUUAUCCAAUCAACAUGGAUUUGUAAAUGGUCGUUCUUGCACCACAGUUUUAUGGGAAAUUGUGAUUAGAGUACUACACUCGAUAUACGCGCCCUCCACGAGUCGACGCUAUAAUCCGUGACUGAAUCAUAAAGCGUUUGACCGGGUCUCUCACCCAAUUCACAGAAAACUUCGUGGCCAUGGUGUAAGUGGCUCCACGCUACAAUGGGUUUCAUCCUUUUUGUUGGAUCGUACGCAGAAGGUUGUGUUCAGGGGGUCGGGCUCUUCCCCUGCGUGUCCUGUGCUAUCUGGAGUGCCACAGGGCUCGGUUUUGGGAAAAUACUCUUAUAAUAUGAUAUUGUAAUCGACCUCGUCGCUUCAUUAUCCUCUUGUGUUAAAAUGUAUGCAGACGAUACCCUACUUUACAGUACAAUUAAAUAUGCUAAUGAUAUUUCUGUGCUUCAAAAUUAUUCGAUUUUAUCCUUGAUUGGAGUAAAGUAAAAAAAGAAAAAUGUGAAUUACUAGACGUAAAAAUAAUUAUUUUCUGGGUCAGAUUGGGGCCUGCAUGUUAGUAGAAUUGGAAAUGAUCUUCAGGUUUUAUCAUAUGAACGAUUGGAUGUCUAAUCCAAAAUUAAUUAUUAAAUUUUAUGUAUCUCUAGUUCGCCCAAUAUUGAAAUAUGGAGUACCUUCGUGAUGUGUGGGGUCCCUAGAUCGUGUGUUCCCCAAAGAUAAUUUUAAUUUUUAUAUUUUAUCCAUAGGCCUAUUAUAUGAAACCCGACUUCAACGUCUGAAUCUUUUUGGCCUUUUCAAUAGAUUUAAGUUUUUAGGGAUUAUAUUCAUUGCUAAGGCUUUAUAUAAGAAAAUAAACAUAUAUUAUUGAAUGUAUCUCUCAGAAUUUGUGCCACACUGAUCACCUUAAUUACAGAACUAACGCUGCCCAUUAUCAUAUUUUUAAUGCUUUUCAACGAACACCUUAUAAUAUUGAAGAUUCUCUUGUAUUGUUCUUUCCCAUUUAUAUUUCAUUUUUUUCACUUAAACACAGCUUGCUGAAUGUUGACAUAAAGUUUGUAAUUGUCUCUCGCAUGUGCUUUUUAACUAAUGUACAUACUUUCUGUUCUUUUGAUUUAUUCGUAUAUUUUUUACCUACUUUUAAAUGUUAUCUUUAAGUGGUUUAUAAAAUCACUUAAUAGUUGAUUUAAUUCAAGUUUUUGAUCAUGGAGUCUACCACUUAAUAGUUCACUUUUAUGUAUCUUUCUUGGUUGUGUUCCAAAGACGAAAAAAGAAAUGAUCUAUGGAACGUCAAAAGUCAAUGCAGUAUUGUAAAAUACAAAAAAUCUGUGAUAAUUGAUACAAUCGCAACAGCACAACACAACCAAUGAAAAUUUAUUUUUUAGUUAGCAGCCCAAGAAUAGAACACAGUGUUACAAUUGUCAAACAACACUUUAAUAUACUCUGACUAUAUAGGCCUACAAGGGAGAGGGGGGGGGGGGGGGCGGCAGACGGAUAGAAAUAGAGAAACGAGAGAGGAGGAGCGAUCAAUAUGUAUUACGUGUAAAGACAUAUUGUGUGUUAGGUGUACAUAAGUAAAUAUAAUUUCACAUAUGUGCUGUCUUAAAACAAAUUGAUUGAUAUUUUCUUAAUUAACUGCAGCUGUUAAGUUUAUCUGAGUGUUUGUGUAAUCAACUGUGUGUUACAAUGUAAAAUGAACACAAAAGGAAAACUAUUGAAAUAAACGAUCAGUUUAAU